AUGGAUCGCCCUCGACGAUCUCUUCGGAGCAAUCCAUCCCGCGCUGCCAAGUUGAAGGCACCACGCCGCACAACCAGAUCAACCGCCGCAUACUUCCAUUCAUACUCGCUUUCAUCUGAAUCCGACAACGGCUUCAACGAUGACGACGACGACGACCUCGAAAGCAGUAAUGCUCCGAUUAAACAUACGUUCCCAAACACGCGAAAGCGAAAGAACACCCACGAUGACUAUUCGCCAUCUCCGAGAAAAUUCCAGCGCCAAACACGCAGGGUCAUCAAAGAAGCCUCUCCAAAUGUUAUAACUCCCAGUACCCCGAAUUCAAAUGAAGUCACACCUACGGCUUCACCCAUAGCUCUCUCCGACACUUAUACAUCGCACCCUCCUUGGGCAACUCUCCCAUACCAUGUCCUAUUAUGUGUUCUCGACAACGUUGCCGUACCAAUCCGUGACCUUUCAUCACGGCGCGAGGAUGUCUCCGAGGCGGUCGGAAGUUUGAUGGCAGCCGCACGGGUUUGCAAGACUUUUCUCGAGCCCGCCUUAGCAAAUUUAUAUAAGUGCCCUCCAUUCUACCACCACUGGCGAUAUACCAAAGCUCCUCAAACCUCUCUUAGCCAAUUCAUCGACACUUUAAACAUGCCUCCCGAAGCCACCAUAGUUACUUACCGCCCCAAAGUUGAGAUUCUGCAGAUGGAAGUGGCAUCAACCUUGACACCAAGGUACGGCACAAACUAUCUAAACUUGCAGACUGUGGUCCAGAAUCUGCCAAGACUGUCAAGCAUGGAGCUAUAUCACGAAUCUGACGAACCACCUUAUCGUAAACUAGAUGAGCACGUUCGAUUUAAAUGUGCUGCAGAUGACCUGAUGCAAACCCUGGCAGGCCGCAAAGCUAAUGAUGCGACUGCACCCACGCAAUUGAAGAGCUGGCGUUGGAAUUCGCGUCUCACGUCCGAUUCACUCUCUUUGGAUAAGCUGGCAGGAUUUCAUUUGAACUCUAGUUUUGCCAGCUUGCAAAAAGUAGCUUUUGUGAACUAUCAACUUGCGUCCUGGGGGUUGUCGGCUAGGCAGCAGUCCAGUGAAGAGAUAGAGAGACAAAACCAUCAGAAAAUUUCCCAACUCUCCGCCUGUAUUUCAGCUUUGCCAAACCUUGAGCAUCUCAUCUUGGAGUCAUGUACAUUGGUUAACGGCCUAUUACUAGACCAACUUCCCACCUCUCUCAAACACCUUGAGCUUAUUAACUGCUGGGAGCUGACAGCAGGUGAUCUUGUUGAUUUUCUACUUACGCAUGGGAGCCACUUGCAAAGUCUUACCAUCAAUCACUGUCAAUCGUUGAGCCUAGCCUUUCUCCCUACCCUACAGUCAGCUUGCCCGAGGCUACAACACCUCUAUAUGGAUUUGUCUUAUUUCCGACACCAUGAACACUAUGCUGAUAAUAAACCCGAAUACGAUGUUCUUCUUACGGAGGACGAUGUGCCGACAUGGCCGUCUUCGAUACAAUCUAUCGAAAUCCUCCACAUGCGGAAGUGGGGUCGUAGGGCAGCAGAGACCUUCUUUCAAAGCUUGGUGCGGAGCGCGUCAGACCUCCCCCACCUUCGCCGACUUGCACUGAGGGUCGCACUAGACAUAGGUUGGCGCCAACGCCAAGAACUCCGAGAAUUCUGGGUUGAUAAGAUGGCGAGGGUCUUCAAGAGGAAGACAAAAUCACCCAAAGAUUUCAAGGCAGUACGCCCACCGCCGACCAGGCCUCAACGGCAGGACCAGAAGGAGCUAAAACCAAAGAUCUUGACUCCUGCAGCACUACCAAAGCGACGAAGUACGCGAAUCGCCAACCUUUCGCCGGCACCAACCUCGUCAGAAGGGGAGCCGAAUUAUCCUAGUAAAGCCGAGCUUACGAGAGCCUCGGCCAUCAGCAGAGAACUCAAGCGACUCAAGGGAAGUGGAUUAUUACUAAAGGAACGAGACGCCGACGACGAAGAGAGUGAAGAUGAAUUGGCUGCUGACCAUUCGGAUCGGAGUCGAUUGGAACGUAAGGUUAGAAAGGUUACAAGACACUUAUCGGACGAUGGAUUCGUUCAUGGUCUUUGUGAUGUGGUGGAUAUUCAAGUUGAUAACCAUCGUCCGAUGGAAAGACAGUUUGACAUGGAGGAUUUCUUGGACUCGCCGGAAGACUCAGAUCCCGAUUGGGACGGUGGGGACGCUGAUGUUUUCGACUAA